ACAGUGACUUUAUCUGUCAAGUUGUACAGGAAAGGAGCACAGUGUUUUGCUAAUGCUACAAAACAAGCCCCAACGUUUCACAGAUCACUCAGUCCUACCUGGCACCGCACAUGAGCAUGGCUGCAAAACUGAGCGAUUGUUUGCCCAUGAGGUCAUCCAUGCUGGCCGUGUUUCUCAUCUUAGCCAUCAUAGGGGUCUUGUGCAGCGUCACAACAGCGCAACAGGACGACCCCGCCUCCAUCCUCUCUGUGGACCCCAAGCUCUUCAGAAAGCACCGCUACUUCUCACCCAGGGUGCUUUUCAGCGCACAGCCCCCCGAUGCGGAGCCAGCAGGGCUACAGGGCGUCAGCGGAAGGAUUCAAAGGAAUCCUCCAGAACGGGGGGUGUUCUCGGUGUGUGAGAGUAUUAGUACCUGGGUGCGCAACAAAACCACUGCCACAAACAUUGCAGGCAACGAGGUGACAGUCCUUGAGCAUGUGAACAUAAACAAUAUGAAAGUGAAACAGUACUUCUAUGAGACAAAGUGUCUCGAGAAUCCAUCUGGAAACACGAAAUGUUUGGGAAUUGACGCGAGGACGUGGAGCUCCUACUGCAAGAACGUGGAAACAUACGUCCGAGCACUGACUUCAUUCGAGUCAAAGGUGACUUGGAGUUUAAUUCGGAUCAACGCGGAGUGUGUGUGUGCGAUCAACUAUUCUAAGAAACUGAAGCACUAUGAGUGA